UUCCAGGAAGGUCCUUCCGUGGCCAUUCUGGUUCAAGCCGCUCUGAUCCAAAGCGGGCGCAUCAUGCAUUGAACGCGUAACACCACAUAACUUGUUUAUCCAGCCAGAUGGCACCGAAGCUCGUGGGCUUGCGAGAGGUCAUUCGAAUUGCUUCGGCGAUGCUUGCCGCCCACUGGGCGUUCAUAUGUGCCGCAUUGCUUUGUUUCCAGGAGGCCAGUACUUCAGCGCAAAUGCCAGCUAAAUACUGCCAGAAGUUCCACAUCGAUGUAGCAUUGUUUUCUGUCGGGGUCAUGCUCUACUUCUUCGAUUGCUACAGUGCCGAAUCCAUGGAACAGGUUGCCAGAGUGAAGAAAACGAUUAACGCGAGACCGAGAUCGGGACAUGAAAGCCAGCGUUUCAAAUCUGACAUGCGUACUAUCGAUUGCGCGCUGCGGUGGGGCGUAGCACACAGGCUUCCAAAAGUGAAGGAAGUUAUGCAUGCUUGCGUCAGACGCGGACACGGGGAAGCGGCCGUGAAAGUGUUCGACCAGAUGUUGGAGAAGGGGCCCGUUCCCGAUGCGGACCUCAUCAAUAAGGCCGUGUCCCACGCUUUCUUCCAGCUCGUCGCCGGAAUUCUCAGUGACGAGAGCAUUCGGAUGGAUGGAUUGCGGCUUAUUGAGAUUGUUCGAGCUCAUGGGAUCGACAUGUCGCCGACCAUCCAGAACCGUUUGUUGGCAGCGUGGGAGAACCAGCUUCCAGAUAGCGUCUUAGAGUAUCUCCUUCAUAUGAGGCGGGAAUGAGUCAUCUUCUGCAAAUGGUUAUAGAGCAACAUUGUCGUUGCACACGAGCGCUUCGAUACAUAAUUCGUUCUCAUGAUCUAUUAUGACAUGGCUGGGUUAGGAAUUGAGCUCGUUCGGGCGGCGUACAAUGCGGUGUUGGGUGACGAAGCCUGAGAGCUACGCAUGCAGCUUCUUGAUCAUGCGGUGGUUCCCCAUGCAAAAACCGAUGGAAUUAUCAUCACAGUUCGUUCGUCCAGUAAUCACCUCGAGAGUGCCAUUGCCCUCUUCGAGGCGAUGCGGGAGCAGUGCCUGGAGCACAUUUGCUACGCACACCAUCACGCGAUUGCUACGCCCACAUUUGCUACGCCCACAUUUGCUACAUUUGCCUUGCGCUCCAGUGCAUUGGACAAGCCAGGAAGCUGUAUGGACACGCGGCUGAGGCGGAGGUUCCCCUCUGCAGGACCACGCGCGUCCUACAAAUGGACAGUCCUGAACAGUGCCAGCCUCAGAAUUCGCCGGCCUCCCUGGGGAGGACGAUCCCAUCGCUGCGACGAACGCCGAGCACGAAGUGCUGGAAGUUCGUCACGUGGUAGCCGUCGGCGACCGGAUCGCUGGCUGACGCAGUUGCUUCGGCCUCUUUCUGGCGCGGUCAGUCCCAUGCCCGAGCGCCCUGACUUCGAAGCGCGAUUCUCAAGCUGGGCCCGACGCGUGUGCAUCGGGCACGGGCGCCGCGCGGCCUGCCAGCAUCCCCCCCGGCCGCCGAAGUUCGCAGGAACCCACGGCCCACGGGGCAGUAGUGCUGCCAGUUGUGGCCCUGGCCCAAGGCUUGCCACGAAGAAGAGGGGCCCAAGAGGCGGCUCGCCGCGUCGGACUCCCUGGGGCACUGCGGGGCCCGUGGCCAUUAGGAAACAGUUCGGCACGAGAGGCCAGUCCCGGGGGGAGGCCCUUGUGCCGAGAGGUGGCCCC